AUGUUGCGCAGACCGCCUACGAGUCUGUCGGUGCAGGAGUCGGAUGUGGAGACGCUCAAGGCGUACCGGCGCGCCAAGAUGAUGCAGCACAAUCCGAACCUGUCGGCGUCGUCCUUUUCGUCCGUUCGACCGGACGGCUCGUCGAUCAACGACCACCAGCCACACCAUCACUAUGCCUCGACCCUGCAGAGGAGCGACGAGUCGGACGACAUGGACGAUCCGGCCACACAGCCCGGUCUGUCGCAGCAGGAGAAUCAUAAUCCCAACCAGCCGAGCAACGCCACCACCACCAACACCUGA